GUCCGCCCCCUUGUAAUUGCGGAAGUGGAAGUUGUUAAAGUUCACCCUGCUGUCUCUGACAGUCAGCGUUGCUCUUGUAACCGCUGCUCUCCAAGUGUUAUUAAACGGGGACAAAUAUUCACAGAGAUGGCUUUGUCUUUCGAGGGAAGAGUCGCGCUGGUCACCGGGUCCGGAGGAGGCCUUGGCAGGGAAUAUGCUCUGGCUUUUGCUGAACGAGGCGCCUCAGUCGUAGUGAAUGACCUUGGGGCAGACACUAAAGGGGGUGGAAAGAGUUCUGCAGCUGCUGAUAAGGUCGUGGAGGAGAUAAGAGCAAAGGGAGGAAAGGCCGUGGCCAACUAUGAUUCUGUAGAAGAUGGAGAAAAGGUGAUCCAAUCAGCUCUAGAUGCCUUUGGAAGAAUAGAUAUUGUUGUAAACAAUGCCGGGAUUCUUCGUGACCGUUCAUUUGCCAGGACGAGUGAUUUGGACUGGGACCUGAUUCAUAGAGUUCACUUGAGAGGAUCCUUUUCUGUGACUCGAGCUGCCUGGAAUCACAUGAAGAACCAAACAUUUGGCAGAAUCAUCAUGACGACUUCAGCCGCCGGCAUCUACGGUAACUUCGGGCAGGCCAACUACAGCGCUGCCAAGCUGGGCCUGCUGGGGCUGGCAAACACCUUGGCCAUCGAGGGACUCCGCUACAACAUCCGCUGCAACACCAUCGCCCCCGUGGCCGGGUCACGCCUCACAGAGACCGUCAUGACCCCAGAACUUGUGGCGUCUCUGAAGCCUGAGUACAUUGCUCCCAUGGUCCUCUGGCUCUGUCACGAACAAUGCCAAGAAAAUGGUGCACUAUUUGAGGCCGGUGCGGGCUGGAUUGGUAAAUUGCGCUGGGAGCGCUCUCAGGGCAGCAUUGUGAGACAGAAAAACCAACCCAUGACUCCAGAGGCCGUCCGUGACCAGUGGGACAAAAUCUGUGAUUUCACUGAUGCCACGAAGCCGAAGAGCAUACAAGAGUCUCUGCUGUCGGUUGUGAGUGUGCUGUCCGGAUUGGACUCGGAUGGAGCAGUGGGGGCGACUCCAACAGCUGCUGCAGCUUUGGCUUCAGGGGUCAAUCCUGCCGAGGCCGUGGGACAAAAACUACCACCGUCCACUUUCGUCUUCACUCCCGCCCAGUGCAUCCUCUACGCGCUGGGGGUCGGCAUGUCCACCAAGGACCCAGACCACCUCAGGUUCCUGUAUGAAGGCCAUGAAGACUUCAGCUGCCUGCCAACCUUCGGGGUCAUUCCCUCUCAGGCCGCCAUGAUGGAUGGCGGCCUGAGCACAAUCCCUGGACUCAACAUAGAUUUCACACAGGUUCUGCACGGGGAGCAGUAUCUGGAACUUUACAAACCUUUACCGACCUCAGGGACACUUACCUCAGAGGCCACGAUAGCAGACGUGUUGGACAAAGGAUCCGGGGCCGUCAUCCUGUUGGAUGUAAAAACCUACAGCGGCGACGAGCUGAUCUGCUUCAACCAGUUCUCUGUGUUUGUGGUCGGAGCCGGAGGGUUCGGAGGGAGGAGAACCUCCAAGAGCGCCAGAGCUGCCGUGCCUCCACCCAAACGGGCACCAGACGCCGUGGUGAUUGAUUCCACCACCAGAGACCAAGCGGCCUUGUACCGUUUGAGUGGGGACUGGAACCCUCUCCACAUAGACCCCAGCUUUGCUGCCAUGGGAGGCUUCAAGGCCCCCAUCCUGCAUGGCUUGUGCUCCUUUGGCUUCGCUGCGAGACACGUCCUCAAGCAGUUUGCUGGUAACGACCCCUCCAGGUUCAAGGCUAUCAAAGUUCGCUUUGCAAAGCCUGUGAUGCCGGGUCAGUCGCUGCAGACGGAGAUGUGGAAGGAUGGCAACAGGAUUCACCUCCAGUGUAAAGUGAAGGAGACAGACGCCGUCGUCCUCGCUGGCGCCUACGUGGAUUUACAUGGCGUCUCAGAGGCGUCCCUGGAAACUCUCACUCAACACGGCGCGCUGCAGAGCGAGCUGGUGUUUGCAGAGAUCGGCCGCCGCAUUAAAGACUCGGGCUCGGAGUUGGUCAAGAAGGUGAAUGCCGUGUUCGCCUGGGAGAUCACCAAAGACAGCCAGAGCGCCGCCGAGUGGACCAUGGACCUGAAGAACGGCAGCGGCUCCCUGCACAAAGGCCCUUGUGGUGGGAAGGCGGAUGUGACCAUCACCGUGUCGGAUGAGGACUUCAUGGAGGUGGUGCAGGGGAGACUCAACCCUCAGAAGGCAUUCUUCUCUGGCAAGCUGAAGGUGAGAGGGAACAUCAUGCUGAGUCAGAAGCUGGAGGUAAUCCUGAAGGACCACGCCAAGCUCUGAGCAGAUCGGAUAUCUGCACAAACUAACCAACCUUCACACCGGCUCUCCGUGUGUUGUCAUCUGUUCUCCAGAGUCAUGAGUGUGUCCUCACAUGCUUAUGAAUUCAAAAGAGAAACGAGUACGAUUUCAUACAGAUGAACUCUAGUAAAAAUUAACUUUCAAUGAAGAUGUACAGACGACUACUAGAGGCAACAUGGGUCCUUUUAUUCCAUCGCUGCUUAAUAUGUACUUAACACAUCUGCCUUUAAAUAUACAGAGAUGUUUGAUUUGUAAUCAAUAAGAACUAGUUUCUACUACAGUUAACAAACAUUGGUUGAAUAUACUGAAGUCUAAACAAUUGCAUCCUAAACGUGUGAUAAAGCUCAGGCUAACUACAUUAGUUAUUUCAGAUAUAAAUAUAUACACACAUCACUGCUUCUUGUAUAAACUGAAUCUGCUAGUUAUGAAAAAUAAUUCACUUUUUUAAUUGUCAAUUCAAUGAUUGCUCUUUGAAAAUAAAGUGAUUCCAUCCACAGGCUCAUGUUUGUAGAUCUCUGGCUUUAC